CCACAACAAACACCCCGGCUAAAAAUAGAAACAGUCACUGAGCCGGUCAGUCAGAUGGAGACUUCCGAGGUCUUAACAGAAUACGGGUGAGCUUUUGAUGAAGUCUGCCCUUAAACCGGCUGGCAGCACGGCAGGUCGCGGCGGAUCGAACAUGGAGAACCUCCAGAAACAGCUGGUGUGUCCCGUCUGCCUGGAGAUGUUCUCCAAGCCUGUCGUCAUUCUCCCCUGCCAGCACAACCUCUGCAGAAAGUGCGCCAACGAUGUCUUCCAGUCGUCCAACCCGUCAUGGCGGUCUCGUAGCUCGACCAGCGUGGGCAGUCGCUUCCGCUGCCCGUCGUGUCGCCAUGAGGUGGUCCUGGACCGCCACGGAGUCUACGGUCUGCAGAGAAAUCUGUUGGUGGAGAACAUCAUUGAUGCAUACCGCAGACAACAGGACUCCAGGAUGUCCAGCGUGAAGCCGGAGUCGCUGACGUGCGAGGAGCACGAGGACGAGAAGAUCAACAUCUACUGUUUGUCCUGUCAGACGCCAACGUGCUCAAUGUGCAAAGUGUUUGGGUGCCACAAAGAGUGUGACGUGGCGCCGCUCAGCAGCGUCUACAUCAGACUCAAGACAGAAAUGAGUGACAGCAUCGCCGGACUGGUCGCCAGUAAUGACAACAUCCAGGCUGCCAUCACGCACCUGGAAGGAGUGUGCGACUCUGUCAAGGAGAACGCUUGCAGGUGUCGUGAAGAAAUCGCCAGCCAGUUUGAGACUCUGACGGCCAUCUUGGACGAGCGCAAGCAGGAGCUGGUGCGUCUGAUCACCAGGGAGCAAGACGAAGAGCUGCAGCGUAUACGGCAACUCAUCAGCGAGCAUCGACAGAGGCUGGAGGACAGGAGAGAGCUGGUGGAGACGGCCGUGCACGCCGCCGACCACACGCACGCAGCGGUCUUCGUCCAGAAUGUCACUGUCGUACUGGACAAAAUGUCAGCGUGCGCCCGUGACGCCAACGUCCUCCGACCGCAGUUGUCCUUCGACAACAUGAGCCAUUUUGUCAUCGACGUGGAUGACAUCGCGGAAGUGCUGAACGACAUCCACUUCCGACGCAGUGAAGACGACCUUGAAGACGACUUCGAAGUGGACUGACAAACUCCGCCGGAAUGUCAUGAUCCCAGCAGAAGGUGUCCGGGAGGUUUUUGCAGUAAUUUGACCACUCAUCAAUGUUGCGUGCAAUGCGUGUAUAUCUUUGUAUAUUUUACAUGUAGACAGAUAAGUGUACUAAUAAGCAUAUAUUCUUUAUCUUCACUUACAGUAGUUGUGAAAGUCUUUGUCAUUCCGACUGUGGUCACACAUAGAAGGCGAUGCAAUAAAGUCAUCAUAAUGUUU